UCUCUCAAAUUGCUGUAAUUCCCACUUAAGACCUAGCCGCCCACUCCCACUCCCUGUACCUGGAUAUUUCGAAUGCCAAUGCAUAGACCAGGCUCCAAUAACAAUUACCACAGUCAUGUCACAGACAGAGAGAGGGAGAGAGAGAGAGAGAGCGAGCAGAAGAAGAGAGCGAACAGUUAGCUGAACAAAAGCCAAGCCAAUUAGCUGCAAGUCAAAUUGGACUGAGAGGCACACACAAAAAGAGAGCGUGGGAGAGAAUGAGCGUAAGGCGUAGGCGAACUAAAAUAAGAACACACACAGAUUCAAGUGGAGAGCCGGGUCGUAGGAUCGCAGCGUCGCCGCGGCCCGAGCAGAAUGAGAGCAACGCACGCGUUGAGAACGCAAACAGUUUACAGUUAGCCGAGUAAAGCGAAGCCGCGCGGUUCUAUCCAUUGCGGAACGGAUAAAACUGUUAAGAAAAUAAGAAAAAAAAAAAAAAAAACGCCAAGGCUUCGUUGUGUCCAACUAGAAAAUAAAAGAAAAUAAAAACGUAAUAGUUCUAUUAAAGAAAAUGAUCAAAAGUGAAGAAGUGGCAUCCGAUUUAAACAGCCGCACAAUGGGCGUUGAUCAACUGGGCGGGUUUGUCAGUGGCGCCCACUAUCAUCACCAUCAUCCGCACCAUCACCUGGGCAGCGCACAGCACACACACGCGCAUCCGCACGCACACACCUUCACGCAUCACACACCCACACACUUGUAUCGCGCUGGGAACACGCUGCCCGCUGGCAGUUUCCAAUUGAUGGGCGGCGAUUCACCCACGGACCUGGUUGAUGAGAAGCCCAACAUCAGCUACAUGGAUCGCAAGUUCUAUGCAACCACGGUGGAUGCCGCGGGCAAUGUCACGCCUACAGCCCAACAGCAGCAGCAACAGCAGCAGCAGCAGCAACAGCAACAGCAGCAGCAGCAGCAACAGCAGCAGCAUUACGGGCUGAGUGCGCUGCACAGCAUGGGCACGCCGCCGGCAUCCUCGAGUCCAAUUCCAGCAUAUGGCGUGCUAAUGACCGCACAUUCGGUGGGCUCGGUAUCACCCAAUUCCAGCUCGAAGACGCCCACCGAUCAGGAGAUGUACGUGAGCUCGUCGGUGGUGAAGCCGCUGCAGCUGCAGCCGAUGAAUCAUCAGUAUACCUCCACGAUCAAGUACUGCUCCAACAAUACCAUACUGAGCGCCAAUGACUAUCAUCAGCUGGCCAUGCACGAGGCGGAGCAGCAGCAGCAGCAACAGCAGCAGCAGCAGCAGCAGAACUCUCCGGUGUCCGGCAGCUAUUUGCCGCGCAUCUCGUCCUCGCCCACGCAGGUCAUAGCCAAUGCCCAUGGCCAUGGCCUGAACUACUCGAGCGCCAGCUCCUCGCCAGCCAAGUCGCUCAACGGCUCCGAGACGACGCCAACGAAUGCCACACAUGAGAGCUCCAGUGCGGCGCAGUCCAAGGCGACGGGCUCCAGUGCACAGGAUAACAGCACGCCGGACACGACCAAGAAGUCGGGCACACGUCGGCCGGAGAAGCCAGCCCUGAGCUACAUCAAUAUGAUCGGACAUGCCAUCAAGGAGUCGCCCACGGGCAAGCUGACGCUCAGCGAGAUCUAUGCAUAUCUGCAAAAGAGCUAUGAAUUCUUUCGCGGACCCUACGUUGGCUGGAAGAACUCGGUGCGUCACAAUCUCAGCCUGAACGAGUGCUUCAAGAAGCUGCCCAAGGGUAUGGGCGUGGGCAAGCCCGGCAAGGGCAACUACUGGACCAUUGAUGAGAAUUCGGCGCAUCUGUUCGAGGAUGAGGGCAGUCUGCGACGUCGUCCGCGCGGCUAUCGCUCCAAGAUCAAGGUCAAGACCUAUGCGGUCAAUCCGAACAGCUUCUACAGCGGCAGCUACGCGGAUGCGGGCAUGGAUACGGCCAACUUCUAUGCGACGCCCACGUAUGCCAGCUACGACUACAGCGCUGCGGCCGGAGCAGGUCCCACGGCGGCUCAGGGCUUCGGCGAUGCCUGGAACGUGCAUGCGGCGCACAGCGGCGCACCGGCUGUGGCCGUGGGCACACUGCCCCAGUACUCGAACAUAACCUGCCUGACGUCGGUGGGCAACAAUCUGAAUGGCUCACCCACGCCGCCGUUGGCGCACUCGGCGCUGGGCAUGUCCUCGACGGCGGGCCCCUCCAGUUCGCCGGUGUCGGCACUUCAAAGUGAUUAUGCGCCAGCCGCCAGUCUCGUGGCGGCGGGCUACUCCUAUGCAACAAGUGGCAGCGGCUUGGAUAACGGUCUGCGCUCCAUGUCGCUGCAGCAGCUGCCCGCCCUGUCCUCAAUCCAGACGGGACAGUCGCAGUCGCAUCAUCAUCAUCCGCAUCAUCCGCAUCAUCCGCAUCAUGGUCAUCAUCAUGGAAGCAUGACGCCGCCGCCAUCGCAAUCGGGCAACCAUGGCACAGAUCGCUCGCCCAUCGAUCUAAAACCGGUUUACCUGACGCCCAUGACCCCGCCCCCGACCUCGGUGAACGGCGGCUACUACGAGACAAUCAAAUAUUCGAAUUAGUGCGGCCCGAUCUUAUUGGGCAUUACUACCGUACAUGCAAACGUGUGUAUGAGUUAUUUUGCAUUAUUACCUCAAAGGAUAAUCAAGUUUAAUGUUAGCUAUUAAGUAGUUGCAGACAAAGUUAGUUGCUUAGUGCGUAAUCCAAGGAAUUCUUAUCAAAUAAAAUAUAUCAUAUAAUUAGCAAGUAUUUAUAAAGCAAA